ACGUUCGGCUUUUAAUGGUGAGCAAUUUGCUGUGUUGACUUUUAGUUUCGUUUUGAGCCUCGCUGGCGACGGUUGUGUUUUGUUAUUUUAUUCGUGUUUUAAAGCUAGACAAGAGAAUUAUAAUGACAGCUGGCUGGGCUUUGGCUGCAGCACUUGUGCUCUGUGUGGGCCUCGUUGCCGGCAAAGAUAAUCUGCGUGUUGCCUACGGAUGGCGGGAAAUGGAUUUCAAAUACGAUAGUCCCGAGCAGCGCUGGUCUGCCAUUGAGAAAGGAGCUUUUAAGCCGGCCAAUGUGCUGCCAUUUGGCCUGGAGAUUCAUCGCAAUCGAAUGUUCGUAACGCUGCCCAGAUGGCGCGAAGGUGUUCCCGCCUCAUUGGCCUACUUUGAUUUGAAUGACAACUCCACAACGAUGCCCGUGUUGACGCCAUUCCCCAGCUGGGUGGCCCACAGUCUGACUGAAGCGGAUCCCGAGCUCGUCUCUCCCUUCCGAGUGCGUGGCGAUCGCUGUGGCCGCCUUUGGGUGCUCGAUUCACGCAUUUCAGGUGUGCUGGAGAAGACCAAACUCUAUGGUCCGGCUCAGCUGUCGGUCUACGAUCUGCAUAAUGAUAAUCUGUUGCGUCGUCAUGUGCUGCCUGAGGGGCAGACCAAGCAGAGCUCGUUCUUUGCCAAUCUGGCUGUGGAUGAUGGUGAUUGUGAGAAUACGUUUGCCUACUUGGCUGAUCUGGGAGCUCCUGGCCUAGUGGUCUAUUCGUGGAAGGAGCGGGAAUCUUGGCGUGUGCAACAUCAUUUCUUCCAUCCGGAUCCGAUGUCGGGCAACUUUAGCAUUCAAGGCAUUGAGUUCCAGUGGGACGAUGGCUUGUACGGACUCGCAUUGUCUAAGCCACAAGCUAAUGGCUUUGCCACUCUCUACUUCCAUCCGCUUAGCUCUACGAUGGAGUUCUCUGUCAGCACCUCGGUGCUGCGCAACAAGACGCUGGCCACUUCAUCCGACAUUUAUCGUGAGUUUAAGGUGUUGGGUUCGCGUGGCCUCAAUGCUCAGGCUGGUGCUCAGUGCUUGGACGCAGAGACGGGAGUUUUAUUCUAUGCACUGCCCAAUCAAAAUUCUGUCGGCUGCUGGCAAACAUCGAACAGCUACAAGUCCCAAGAUCGCGUUUAUACGAGCAGCAAUGACUUGGUCUUCCCUAGCGAUGUCAAGGUGGACGAUGAACGUCGUCUCUGGGUGUUGUCCAAUCAGCUGCAGGUCUUCAUCUACGAUGAGUUGUAUCCCGGCAGCAUUAAUUUCCGCAUCCUGACGGCCAGCGUCAAAGAUGCCAUCGCUGGAACUUCCUGCAAUGUAGUGGCCAGUAAACUGCCAGAGAUCAUCAGCCGAAUAGAUGACAUCCUCAAGCCACUUCCUGGCCGGAAGGCAUCCAAAAGCAGUGCGGGAGCUACAACAUACAGUCUGGGUGUCAUGCUGCUAUCUUGCUGUCUUCUCUUGCGAUCCAGGCUGCUCUAAGAUCCGUCUCCACUCCAUCUAUUAUUUAACUUAGUAUUAGUUGCAUAAGAUCAACGCAAGAACUUUGACAAAAUGCGGUUGAAGGGCGAUAACCGAUCGAUUUAUUUUCGCCGAUCGAUCUUGAGCUGUCGAUAAGGUAACAGUCGACAGUUAAUUGAAGAAUUUGACAACACUUAAUCAGCAGCUUUAAUUAAUGCGCAGUUUUGGCGGUUUCGUAUCGUGCUGUGUUGAAAAUUGGUUUUAUUUUGUGUGCUUUUCAUUUCGUGCCCGUAAAUAAUUAGUUAUAGUUGCAUAGUGCGUAAUAUUGAAUAAAUAUAAGCAAUUUAUUUAGACACAGUG